CACCCCGGUCUGUAUUGUGUCUGUGUGUGAACUCACAGGGAAGAGUCUGAAUCCGCAAACCUUUUCCCGCCGGUUGUUUGUCCAGGACUAGUUUCAAAACAAGCUGUGACAUGGAGGUCAGCGCUGAGGCCAAGAGGAUCAUGGUCGUGGCUUUGGGGAAACUGUACAGCUCCCGCACUCAGCGAGGGGGUCUCCGUCUCCACCGGAGUCUCCUCCUGACACUAGUGAUGAAAUCCGCCCGGGACAUCUACCACGAGGCCCAGGCGACGACAGACAGUGUCCCAUCAGGAUGUGAACAACACUCCACGGCUGAGAUGACCACAGAGUCCACUGGCGCUCAUCAGGAGCCCCAGGGUCCCGCUUCUCCUCGGACUUUACCCCAAAAGGAGGUUUUGGUUUCCACCAAAGAGUUGCGCCGCGACGCACUCAAGCGUACCGGUGCAGGAAACAAGGAGAACCUGUGCCCGACUGGCCCGGCACAGCACUCAAGGAAAAGACGGGGAAAAGCGGCCGUCGAGCCGGACUUUCUGCCUUGCAAGAAAGCAAAACUUGAGCAGGUGACCUGCCCUCAACAGCUCAUUGUAAGUUCCGUUUUGAUGGACUAUGUCAUCUGCAGCAGUGAACUGGGAGCGCCCCCAUCCCCCAUACCUCUACAGAGAGCCAUUGCAGCGUGUUGAGACCCUGUGCAGAUUUAAAGGCAGGAAACUUUUCGACACGGCCUGAGAGCCUGAACGCGCCCUGCAUGCGGGGUCCGUGUAAGGGUUUUUGGAUGCAAACAGGCAGGACAGUGCAGUCCCGAGGCACGACUCUGAACCGAACAAGCCUGGGUAUGUCACAGGACUCACGGGUGCGUAGUAGCCUAGUACCUGUGACUUCUAGCCUAGUUGUUGGCCAGCUCACUAUCGGGACUGACUUCGGCUGGCGACAGGCAGAACUCAAGGAAGUGGUCGAUCUGGAUGGGGCCUUGAGCUGGUUUUUAUGGGCGUUCAUAUGAAGCAGGCUGCAUUCUAAGACUGUGUUAUGGAGAUCACAGUGACAGAAGAUGUGAAAUGUGUAAAACAUUCAAUGACUACAACUACCUCAGUAUUUAUUAAACAUUUUUAUACUACUUAA